AUGGAAAAUUUACAAAUAACUUUAUUGUAUUCAAUAAAGACAGAUGAUGCAUAGGAUUUUACACUUGACAAAAUUGAUUUUUUAAAUAAGACUACUAAAUAAUUCUUUGAUACUAUUAAGGAAGAUCAAAUUCUUUAAGUAAAAGGUGUAUUUGGAACUUAUCAGGAAGUAGAAAAAGAAGUUGAAUAACAAAUUAAUAACAAAGUGAACCUAUAAUAAUAUAUAAAUUAUUCUGAGAAGGGAAAUUUGAUUGCAAUUUAGUAUUAAAAUAACAUGUUAUUUUGUUUAAUUCUUCCUGAAAAAUUUUUUAUUACUAAGCCAAUUAAUGAAAAAGCAAUAGAAAUAGUUCUCUUUAGAAUAUUAUAAGAUUUAACUGACAAUAUCAAAUUUUGCUUAAAUGAUACUAUUCUAAAAGAAAAUUGGUAUUUAAAAGAGGUUAUUCCUUUUAGUAUAAAAACAUUAUAGAGAAAUGAUUAUGGUAUAGGUGAGGAAUAAAAUAAAGAAGUAAUAUCAUAUGAUCGGGGAUGGUUGUUAUCAUAAGAAAUACCAAAUGACCCCUUCAUCAAUUCAUAAACAUUAUCACCUAAACUUAUAAUAAUUCGAAACUUUAGUUUUGACAAAGAUAUGGAGAAGAGAUUCUGUCAUUCUUAUUUUGAUAUCACUCAAAAACUAAUAAUUUAAAUUUUAAGGUCUUAAAAUAAGUAAAUCAAUAAUUUAAUUACAAUUAUGAAGAAAGAAUACUAAAUCAAAAGUUUGAUAGAUAUACUUAAUGAAUUAUCAAACAAAUUAGAAGAAAUGGUGAAAAAAAUUAAAGGUAAUUUGGUUAAAUAAUUCUCAUCAAAAGAAAAUUAGUGGUGGUGGCUAAAAACUAAAAAUGAUGAGCCAGAUUCAAAAAAGAAUAUUGAAGCACAUGUAAAUGAUAUUUUGUAAACGGUUAAUUAUCAAAAUAAAACAUUAUGUUAUACAUUAAGCAACAUUCAUUAAGAUAAUGAAUUCUAAAAGCAGAUUUAAAAAUUUCUAUAAAUAGUAUCAGAUAAUUUUCAUUAAAUCCUAAAUUAGUUUGGAAAUAAACUCAAUUAGAUUAUUGAGGAAUUAGGGAAAUAAAUGUAUUAUGAAGUUCAUUCUAUUUCUUUAAAGUUAUCAAGAUGUAAUAAUGAUCCCUCAGGAUAAGUAGAAAAAAUUCUGCAAAAUGAAUUUUAGAAUAUAAUUUUGAAUAGUGAACUUUUUUCACCUUAUAUUCCUAAUUCAUUUUUAAUUAUAGAUGUUUUUCAGACAAAAGAAAAAUCUACUAUAUAUAUUAUUCAAACGUUUUAUCAAAACAAAUAUCAUAAAACUCAUAUCUUUUUUCAAUCUCAAAAAACAUGUUCACUAAAGUCGAUCAAACAAUUUGAUUUAUAAGAUACAGAAAAAGCUGUUUAUUUUCAUGAUUACACUAGAGGAAAUCUAUAUAUUUUUAACUUUAAAUAAAAAUAUGUUUAUCAAAUAAUAAUAACAGAAUUCGGAACAAUCAACAAUGAACAAAACAUUUGCUAUUAACAAGAAAAUAAUAAGUAUUUUCUUAUAACUAAAGUUGCAUUUCUUUUUUAUAGUAAUAAAUUUAUAGUAUUGUCAAAAGAUGAUGAAAUUUAUAAAUAAUAAGAUAAAGAUUUUGAAAAAGUUAAAUGUAUUGAAGAAAAAAAAAAUGAAACAUAACAAACAUAUUUCAUACCAAGCAUUAAACCAGAACUAAAAUACAAUUAACUACUUACCUGCCCUAGUGGAAAAUAUUUUUAUCUUGCUAACAGUUGUUGUUGUGAUAGAUAUGAUUAAAAUUGUAUGAGAAUACAAAGUAUAGAAAUAAGAGGACCAAUCAAAAUUUUUGGAGAUAAUUGUGAUGUUAUCAUUUUGGGUCAAUUUAAUAAAAAGUAAGGGAAUUAAUAGGAAAAUAAAGCAAAAAUUAUCAGUAAUUUAGUCUCCCAAAAAAAAAUUAAUAAAUUAGAAAAUAAUGAAGAAAAAGUGGUUGGAAAUCCUGCGCUUGAUAUAGCUAAAGGUUCGUUUAUAAAAUUUGGCCCAAACUCUCAAUUUUUAUUGAAAGAAAAGAAGAGAAAUAUUAAUAUAUAUGUUAAUCAAGAUUAUUAUGUUUAAAUGGAAAAUUAUUUAACUAUUAUGAAUAUAAAUGAAAUCAUUCUUUCUUCUACAUAAGUUUAAUUUGUAGAAUUUAAAUGUGAAUAAAUAAAAAAUGUUGUAUAUUCAAGAGUUCCUCUAUAGUUAUGUACAAUUGAAAAUAGCAACUUAAUACCUUUAAAUGAUGGAUUUAGAUAAUAAUCUUAAACUUUAACUAAUAUUAGUGUAGAUGUAGAUUAAAAGGUAAAAUAAUUACAUUUAGGGUUUUUGGAAGAUCAUUUUUCUAAUUACUAUAAAAAGAUAUUUGUAGUAGGAAUUAUCGGUAAAUAAUCCUCAGGCAAAAGUUAUUUAUUAAAUAGAGUAUUUGGUACUCGUUUCUCUGUUUCAUCAGCUAGAUGUACAGAUGGAAUUUGGGCAAGUAUUGCAUAUGAAAAUGAUUAAACAUUUCUAAUUUUAGAUUGUGAAGGAUUAUUCAAUGGAGCUAGAACCGAUAAAGAAGAAAUUAAAAUGUUGGCAUUUCUAACUGCUGUAUGCGAUAUUACUAUCUUAAAUUCUGAUCUAACUUUUAAUAGGCAUUUCAAUGAUCUUUUUAAGCAUUUGGUUGAAGCAUCAAAGUAAUUAAAAGGUGAAAAGAUUUUUUAAGGAAUUUUAUAUUUUGUAUUAAGAGAUGUGAGUUCAACUGAUAAUUCAGGAGUUGAGGAAGAAUUAUUAAAAAAUCUUGAAAGACUAAAAGAAGAUGGAUCAGAAGAAAUUGUAUUUUUAAAAAAAUUAUUUAACAAUAAAUUUGCAGUUGAAAAAUUAGUCAAUAAUGAAAAUAAAUAAUUUGAUUAAUAAAUUAAUGAAGUUAGAAAAUACUUUUUAAAUAAUUUUGCAAAUUAAAAUCGUUGGAAGGAUGGAGAAGAAUUAAUUUAAAUUAUGAAAAUAUUGCUAUGCCAAUUGGAAUUAUCAGAUAAUAAAGAUGCAAGUUUGAUAUAAUUGUAUUUAAGAAUAGAAAAGAUUUUUGAGGAAAGUAAUGAAUUAUGGUAUGAUUUUACAUUGGAUAACGUUCAAUGUUAAAAUUAGAGAUUAUUCCCAAACAAAUAUAAAUUUGAAAAAAUUUAAGAUCACUAUUAACUCCUAUUAAAUAAAGAUUUGCUGAAAUAAAUAUAUGAAGAUCUUGAAAUAAAGGAUUCAAUCUCAACUCAUAAUACAAACAUAUAAGAAGCAAGUUCACAUUUUAAAUAAAUGAUGCAGUUUCGAAGAGAGUAAAUUAUUUCAAAGACAUAAAAAGAAACAUGUAGUAUCAAUAAUUAAGAAGUUUAAACAAAGAUUUAGAACAAUUUGACUAAUUUACAGAAUUUUUUAAUAGAUUAAACGAAAAACUAUGAAUUUUGUUUAGAAAAAUGUAAUUAAUGUCAUUUGUUGUGUAAAUAAUUCAAAGAUCAUAUUGAUACAUCUUAAAAACUGAAAAAAUUGUUAGAUGAUCAAAUAAAAUACUUAGAAAAUCAGCUAAGUAAAUUGAAAAUAACAAGUGAGGAUGAAGAAAAAUAAAAAAAAAAAAGAAAAGAGCAGAUAGAGUAAGAAAUGAAAGAUGCUGAAAUUAAAUUGGAAGGGUUCUAAACCUAAAAUCUUGUAAAUGAAAUUAAAGAAAAAUAAAAUUAAUCAAAAACUUCAAUGAUGAAAUAUGAAUUUUAUGAUAAAAUUAAUGACUGCAUAAUUUUAUCCUUUUUUGGAAUGAACUAAGAUAAAGAAUAAACAUAAACUGCUUAGUUGAACUAUAUUGAAAAACUUUAAGUUUAAAUAACAUAACAAAUUCCAGAACUUCAAAGUAAAAAAGAGUAGGAUAUGGAAAUCAUUAAACAAUAAAAAAUUUAAUUAGAAAAGUAUGAUGGAGAUUAUAAAAGUAAAGAAUAAUAUAGAAGUUAAAUUAAAAUUAAUUAAGAAAAAUUAUUAAAAGAAAUUAAUCAAUUAGAUUAAUAAUUAUUAGAAAAAAAUACACAUUUGGAGAAUAUUCAAUCUCAAAUUAAUGAAAUAGACAUUCCUAAUAAUGAAAAUGAUAUUAAUGUACCUCAAGUUCAUAUUGAAGAAGAAACUCAAAAACUUGACAAAAUUUAAAAAUAAGUCAAAGAAUACUUACAAAAAAAAAAUGAAAAAACUUAGGAAUUAGAAUUAUUGAAAUAAACAGAUUCAAAUUUUUAUUACAAUUAUUUGAAUAAAGAAAUAUAAGAAUACGAAGAAAAAUCAAACUAAUUAGAUGAAGAAAUUGAUAAUUUUAAGAGUUAAAAAAGAUGGGUAGAAGAUUUAAAGGAGUAAUUGAAAAAAGAAUAGUCUAAAAAAUUUGGACAAAAUAAACAAAGAAUCGAAUAAUUAACUUAAUAAUUAAAAGUAAUAAAUGAGCAAGAAUUAAAUAAUUAAUUGAAUUAAUGUUAAAUAAGAAAGGAGAAUUUAGAUUAGAAUUCAGAAUAAUUAGAAAAGUUUCAGUUAUUUAAGGAUUGCUAGGAAGAAAUAGAGAGAGAGGAAUAAGAUAUUUAAAUUGAGUAGGAAUAGGAAAAGAUUAUAUAGGGAGACUUUUAGAGUGGUGCAAAAAAUUCAAAAGUGAUUAAUUUAUUCAAAAAUAAAAAGGAGGAAUAAAUGCAGCAAAUUUUAAAUUUAAUUAUCUCUUAAGAGAAAGAGAUUUAAGAUAUUAAAAAUUUUAUUGCCCAAAAUUAAUAGAAAAUUGAAAAAAUAACUAAAAAAAAUAAUCUUUUAGAUACAUAAAAAAGAAUUAAUUCUGAAAUAAGUGAUAUUUAAAAUAUAAAACAAGAACUUGAUAAAAAAUAAUAAGAUACUAUCCGAGAAAUUAAUAUGUAAGAGGGAAAUGGAGAAUAAAUAGUAAAAAAUAAAUAGUAAUUGAUUUCAGUCCAUUAAAAACUUCAAGAUGAGAAUCUUUAAGUAGAUUAAUAAAUUAAUAAAUUAAAGUCCGAUUUAGAUUAAAUAAAUGAAUUUUCUAAACAUUUUAAUGAAUAUUAAGUACAAAGUGAAUAACUCAAAGAAAAAUAAAGUCAAUUGGAAAAAAUGGAUUAAUUUGAAUUGUUUGAUUUAGAAUAAGAACAGAUUUAAGCUCUAUUGGAACAGUUUCAGACAAAAAUUUUUUAAAUUUAGUAGGAGAAAGAAUAAUUAAUGAACUAACUCGAAAUAUUUAAUUAAUUAGAAAAAGACAAAUAAAAUUUGAAUAAUUUAAAAGAUACUUAUAAAAAGCUUGUCUAAUUAGAUCUGAAUGUACAUUUAUGUUAAAGGGAAAGUCACAAAUGUGAUUAAGUUUGUUAAGCAUGUCCUGAAAAAAUAUGUGAUAAUAAAGCUGGACAUGAUGAAAAAUUAGAACAUUUAUGUAAUAAAUCGGAUCAUAGAUGUAAUGAUAGAUGUUAAAUAAUUAAAUGUAUGAGCAACUGUAUGUAAAGCUUCAAGCAUGUUGGUUAACAUAAUUGUUUAAAUGAGCAUCCUUGUAUAGAAAAAUGUUAAUAUUGUAAUAAAAAUUGUAAGAAAGAUCGUUCAAAUCCUCAUUUUACUACACAUGAUUGCUAAGAUACAAAUUGCGUUCAUAAUUGUAAAUUUUGUCCCUAAAAAAAAUGCGAAGAACCACAUAAGCACUCUUUAGAAAAGAAUAACCAUUUUUGUAACAAUAAACAUGAAUGUAAAGAAUUUUGUUAAGAAGAAGGUAUAUGCAAAAUAGAUUAUACAUAAAUAAAAGCAACUUGGAAAACUUAAUUUUCUGAAUUCUAAUAUACUAGAUAUAUUCCAAAUGGUAUUGGAAAAUAAAAAUGUUUUAAACAAAUACCAUUAAAAGAGGAAAAGCAUGAAGGAAAUCAUUGUUGCAUGGAAAAAACUGAAAAGUAAUUCCAUUUUUGUAAUAAAUAAUGUCCUGAAUGUAAUACAUUUUGUGAUAAGUAAUACGGUCAUCUUGGACUUCAUUCAUCAGACAGACAUAGAAAUAAAGAAAAUUAAAUNAUACAUAAAAAAGAAUUAAUUCUGAAAUAAGUGAUAUUUAAAAUAUAAAACAAGAACUUGAUAAAAAAUAAUAAGAUACUAUCCGAGAAAUUAAUAUGUAAGAGGGAAAUGGAGAAUAAAUAGUAAAAAAUAAAUAGUAAUUGAUUUCAGUCCAUUAAAAACUUCAAGAUGAGAAUCUUUAAGUAGAUUAAUAAAUUAAUAAAUUAAAGUCCGAUUUAGAUUAAAUAAAUGAAUUUUCUAAACAUUUUAAUGAAUAUUAAGUACAAAGUGAAUAACUCAAAGAAAAAUAAAGUCAAUUGGAAAAAAUGGAUUAAUUUGAAUUGUUUGAUUUAGAAUAAGAACAGAUUUAAGCUCUAUUGGAACAGUUUCAGACAAAAAUUUUUUAAAUUUAGUAGGAGAAAGAAUAAUUAAUGAACUAACUCGAAAUAUUUAAUUAAUUAGAAAAAGACAAAUAAAAUUUGAAUAAUUUAAAAGAUACUUAUAAAAAGCUUGUCUAAUUAGAUCUGAAUGUACAUUUAUGUUAAAGGGAAAGUCACAAAUGUGAUUAAGUUUGUUAAGCAUGUCCUGAAAAAAUAUGUGAUAAUAAAGCUGGACAUGAUGAAAAAUUAGAACAUUUAUGUAAUAAAUCGGAUCAUAGAUGUAAUGAUAGAUGUUAAAUAAUUAAAUGUAUGAGCAACUGUAUGUAAAGCUUCAAGCAUGUUGGUUAACAUAAUUGUUUAAAUGAGCAUCCUUGUAUAGAAAAAUGUUAAUAUUGUAAUAAAAAUUGUAAGAAAGAUCGUUCAAAUCCUCAUUUUACUACACAUGAUUGCUAAGAUACAAAUUGCGUUCAUAAUUGUAAAUUUUGUCCCUAAAAAAAAUGCGAAGAACCACAUAAGCACUCUUUAGAAAAGAAUAACCAUUUUUGUAACAAUAAACAUGAAUGUAAAGAAUUUUGUUAAGAAGAAGGUAUAUGCAAAAUAGAUUAUACAUAAAUAAAAGCAACUUGGAAAACUUAAUUUUCUGAAUUCUAAUAUACUAGAUAUAUUCCAAAUGGUAUUGGAAAAUAAAAAUGUUUUAAACAAAUACCAUUAAAAGAGGAAAAGCAUGAAGGAAAUCAUUGUUGCAUGGAAAAAACUGAAAAGUAAUUCCAUUUUUGUAAUAAAUAAUGUCCUGAAUGUAAUACAUUUUGUGAUAAGUAAUACGGUCAUCUUGGACUUCAUUCAUCAGACAGACAUAGAAAUAAAGAAAAUUAAAUAUUUACAACAUAUGAAGGAAUUUAGGUUCAAAUUAAAAUUGAAGAUAAGAAAGAUUAGAAAGAAUCAACAAUAAGAAAAUAUUAGAUUGGAGAAAGUUCAGACCCUGAAACAUGCGAUUAGAGCUGCAAAAGAAGAGGAAGAGCUCAUUUUCAUUUAGUUAUAUGUGAAAAAAAUAAAUGUUUAGAAAAAAAAGGUGAAAUUAAAGCUAGACAUUCAAUUGAAAAAUAUGUUGGUUUUGAAAAGUAUACAUUUGAUGAAGUCUUGUGUUAAGAUUUUUGGAAAUUAAGUAAUUGGGAUCAUCCAAUUUAUAAUGAAUUGGAAAUUAUUAAUAAGUGUAAUUACUAUUGCCCUUUAUGUGAAUAAUAAAAAAAUCAUUCAUUUUGCGAUUAACAUGCUUGGCAUACAAAGGAUGAUAAAAUUAAGGCUCAUAAUUUCUAAUGUAAGGAAUUUCAUAUGAAAAACUAAAUUUAAGGAAUUAAUAUUGCUUUUGUAAUAGACACUACAGGAUCAAUGGGAUCUUAUAUAGAUAAGUGUAAAACUACAAUUAAAGAUAUUAUUAAACAAGCAAAAGCUAAGAAAAAUAUUAAUUCUGAAGAAUUUGAUAUUAAAUUUGCUGUUGUAUCAUAUACAGAUCAUGCUAAGGUUUAUAAAAAUACUGAAUAAAUUCUAAAAACCUAAGAUUUCACUUCAGAUUAAGAGAUAAUUUCAUUUUUAGAUAAAUUAAAGGCAGAUGGAGGAGAUGAUCAUCCAGAAGCCGUUUUGGAUGGCUUAAAUGCUUCAAUAAAAUUAAAGUGGAAUGAUAAUUAUGAGAAAAUGCUUUAUUUGAUAGCUGAUGCGCCUCCUCAUGGAAAGAAAAGAUAUCAUAAUUAUCACGAUAAUCAUCCUUAAGGUUGUCCAUGUGGAUUACAAUAAGAAAAUAUUUUACCAAUUUUAAAAGCUUUGAAGGUAAAGUUGAAAAUUUUAAAAUUAAAUCAAAAUAUAGAUAUGAUGAUCACUGAAUUUAAAAAAGACUUUUCAGAUUUAGUAGUAUUUACUCCUGAUAAAAAACAGGAAGAUGAUUUUCAAAAAAUAAUCGUUUCUGAUGUUUGUUAAUGUUUAAUUAACAAUGAGAUUACAUUUUAAAUGUAAAAAUGA